AUGUUGAAGGAGAAGAGGGAAAUUGAGCGUUUGUCUGACUACAAUGCCAUCAACAGAAGAAGAUACGUGUCACUCUCACGCAGUCCCCUUGCAAUAGAGGCGGCGAACACCUUGGCGCCCAAUGUGUUCACAUGUCUGCAGAAGGAGCACGUGAAGGUCCAUGAGUAUAAGAUUCGCAAAGGCGUGGUAGAUUUGGCCCUUGACAUUAGCAAUUUCUUAGUGUUUAAGCUAAAGGUAGGGGAGCGUGUAGACGAACGCAUCGUCCGCGUUCAUUUUCCUACCACAAAGCUUGAAUGCGAAUGUCGCCUUUACAACUGUGUUGGCUAUCCUUGUGUUCAUAUCCUGAAGGUUAUGGACUUUUUGUCAUCCGCUGGUUAUGAAAGCAUGAGAACCCUACCAGACCACUUUCAUCUUCCCAGAUGGAGGAAGGAUGUGAAGGAAAAUGUCGUUCGAGCUCUGCGUGCGGGUUCGUUGAGUGGUGAGGAGUUGUCACCUACAGGUAACCAGUCAGAAAGAUACAGGGAAAUUUCUGGCAAGUUACAUGACUUUGUUGUUUUAGCAGAUGGCUUGGACGACGAAGUUUACGAUAGAUGUUUUGAGCUAGUAAAUAAGUUUCUUGCUAGCCUGCAAGCUACGUGGUCAAAACGUCGCGCACAUUGA